AUGUCAGAAGUCAAGUUGCAUGGUCAAUGCUAUGAUAAUAGCUUAGAUCCUGAAAUAAGGGUCAUAGCUAUGUUGGAGCUAGGAUCCCCUCUGGAGAUGAUUCAGCUUCUGCAGACCCCCUGGGAGGAGAGAUUUAAAAUUUGCCUGAGUCUAGUGAAACUGCUGUUUUACCUGGCACACUCCCCUCUCGGUUCAAUAGCCCUCUUGGAUUUCCAGCCAAGGCAGUUUGUUAUGGUGGAUGGAAACUUAAAAGUGACAGACAUGGACGAUGCCAGCAUUGAGGAAAGGUUAUGCAGGGAAGAUAAUGACUGCACAUUAGACUUCCCUGCAAAAAGCUUCAUUCUCAACUGUACUACAGCUGGGAAAUGUGAAGACCUAAAUGAAAAGAAAAAUCUUUUUAACGCAUACAGGUAUUUUUUCACGUAUCUUUUGCCACACACUGCACCUACUGCUUUGCGGCCCUUUUUGGGUGAUAUCCUGAACACAACAGGCGAUUUACGAUAUGGAAUAAAUGAAACUCUAGGAGCUUUUGAAAAAGUCUUACAUUUGUACAAGUUGGGGCUGUAUCUACAGAAAAGACACCAUCUUUUAAAAGAGUACAUCACCCUAAAGGGUUUCCGAACCAUGGAAGUGCAGGACUAUAAAUGCUGGCUCUCCUACAGCCAUCUGGGAUGCGUACUCUCCAUUCAUAAUACAGAGGACGCUGCAGCAAUGUGCAACUCUCAACCACAGUGCCAAAGUUUCAUUGUCAUGCAAGAGAGAACAUGGACAGGACGCCAACUUGCCUCCUUUCGAAGUAGCCUGACUGACUUAAUACCAGAUGUCAAUUCUGCAGUCUACAUUAAACGAUCUGCUACCUCGAGGGAAAGGCUUUAA